AGGUCGCAUACUAGAUUCUCUGUUCAGAAGUGUACUGUGAGUUUCGUUCAAUAAAUUCUACUUUUAUCUUUCAAAACAUGGCUUGUAAAGUACUCAGUAGAACGGUGAUCUUGCCUCGUUUAUUAAGCGAGAAAUCAAACGCUGGACGGCGAUUCGUUUCUUCAAACACUGGUGGAAUUUCCAGUAAAAUCAGUAAAUCAACCACCAUCCCUUUGGUAGUCGGAGCCACUAUUGGAAUAGGCAGUGCUCUGGGUGCAGCUCAUGUAAUGAAAUAUGUUACAAAAAAUACCGUGUUUUCAUUGAAACCAGCGCAUUGCAGUGCAGCAUUAAAGAAAGAUGUAAUUGCGGAAAGAACAUUCAUUAUGAUCAAACCCGAUGGUGUUCAAAGAAGUUUGAUCGGGGACAUUAUAAAGCGUUUUGAGCAAAAAGGAUUCAAACUUGUCGCAAUGAAAUUUGUUCAGCCUGAUCAACAGCUUCUCAAUAAACACUAUGAAGACCUAAAGAACAAACCAUUCUUUCAUGGUCUUAUCAAUUACAUGGUGUCUGGACCUGUUGUUGCCAUGGUAUGGGAAGGCAAGGGUGUUGUGAAGACUGGAAGAAUUAUGCUUGGAGAAACUGAUCCUGCGAAGUCUCUACCCGGUACGAUCAGAGGUGAUUAUUGCAUUCAAGUUGGAAGAAAUAUAAUUCAUGGCAGUGAUUCAGUCGAAAGCGCGAAAACGGAAAUUAACUUAUGGUUCAAACCGAGUGAAUUGACUGACUGGAAGCAAGAGAUGAAUUGUUGGAUUAACGAGGGAAAUUAAUGAAACUCUGUUAGUUUGGAUGAUUAAAAUAUUAGAAUUACAGAUUAAUGAAUGUGUAUGUGCUCAUGCAUCUACAAUCUUUGCAGAACUGUUUCUAUUCGAUUGAAAAUGAAGUUAGGCAACACAUUUUCACCAAUAAAUAGAAGAACAGAGAAGUAA